GAAAAACUGUGACAAAGACCAUGUCGAUCUUUCCCUUCCUUGUUGGUCUUUAUGCAUCAAUAACUUGUUCCUAUGCUGCUGACACCAUGUCUGCAAAUCAAACCGUUAGAUAUAAUCAAACCAUCGUUUCACCCCAAGAAACCUUCGAACUUGGUUUCUUUAGUCCCCCUAACUCCAAGAACCAUUAUGUCGGAAUUUGGUACAAGAAAAUACCCAAACGAACCUAUGUAUGGGUAGCCAACCGGAACACACCACUCACCGAUACCUCAGGUGAGCUAACUCUCACCCUUCAGGGAGUUUUAAUUCUCCGGGAGGCCACCAAAGGCAAUGUAGUAUGGUCAUCAGCGAAAUCAUCAAUAACGUCAGUGAAAAAUCCGAUUGGUCAGCUUCUAGAUACAGGCAACUUUAUAAUUCACAAGGAAGGUGAGGGAACUAAUCAAGAAGAUCCCAUAUGGCAAAGUUUCGACUUUAUCACAGACACUUUACUUCCUGGAGUGAAGCUAGGCUGGAAUUUCAUUACCGGGCAUGAAAGACGCUUCACGUCAUGGAAAUCCCCCGAUGAUCCUGCUUUCGGUGAGUUUUCUUAUGGGAUUGAUACCAGAGGUUACCCUCAGAUGAUCCUAAUGGAAGGCCAGGACAUAAAGUUGAGGGGAGGUCCAUGGAUUGGAUUCAGGUUCUCUGGAAUUUCUACUUUGAGACCCAACCGGUUUUUCAACUUCACCUUUGUUGUUAAUCAGAGAGAAAUUUACUACCAAUAUAAUCUUAUAGAUACUUCGGCUAUUAUGAGGCUGGUGCUACAAGCAAGUGGUCGUUUCGAGCUCUUAUUAUGGAGUGAUAGCAAACAAGAAUGGAACCUUUAUUCGACCCGGCAAAGUGAUAUCUGUGAUCAAUAUGCGGUAUGCGGGGCAUUUGGGAGCUGCAACAUUGGCAAGUCCCCUGUUUGUGAAUGUUUGAAGGGGUUUGAACCCACAUCUCCUGAUCAGUGGAAGAAUACAGAUUGGUCACAAGGGUGUCGACAUACUGUCCCUUUGAACUGCAGCCCUGGGGAAGGGUUUAACAAAUAUACAAAUCUGAAGUUACCAGACACUCGGGGGUCUUGGUAUAACCAGACCAUGACCCUUGUAGAGUGUGAGAAGAAGUGUAAAAACAAUUGCUCUUGUACUGCUUACACAAGUUCGAAUUUCUCAGGGACUGGGAGUGGAUGCUUGCUAUGGUUUGGUGGCCUAAUUGAUAUCAGAACUAUUGCUGAAAGUGGGGACACUCUUUUUAUACGUGUGUCGGCUUCAGAGUUAGACAGUAAAAGCUCAAGUGCAGCGAGAAGAGUACAAGUUAUUAUCCCCAUAGCAGUUGUGGUUUUGGUCAUACUAGGUUCAAUAUGCUUCUUUUGUCAUUUUAAGAGGAAGAAGCAACAGCAACAAGGGACACAAAGUGGUGAUGAAGAUCUAGAGCUACCAUUCUUUGGUCUGUCUACAAUACUUAAAGCUACAAAAAGCUUUUCAAUAAACAACAAACUUGGUGAGGGCGGUUUUGGAGCCGUUUACAAGGUUAUGUUUCAGGGUGUACUCGAAAAUGGGAAGGAAAUAGCAGUGAAGCGGCUAGCAAAAACAUCCACCCAAGGACUUCACGAGUUUAAGAAUGAAGUCAUAUCGAUAUCUAGACUACAACAUCGCAAUCUUGUCAAGCUCUUGGGCUGCUGCAUAGAAGGAGCCGAAGUGAUGCUAAUUUAUGAAUACAUGCCAAACAAAGGCCUUGAUUCUUUCAUCUUUGAUGAAAUUCCAAUGGAGCUCGUUGACUGGCCAACACGUUACAACAUUAUCAUUGGAAUUGCUCGUGGACUUCUUUAUCUUCACCAGGAUUCUCGACUUAGAAUCAUACAUAGAGAUCUCAAAGUCAGCAAUAUAUUGCUUGACAAGGAUAUGAUUCCAAAGAUAUCAGAUUUUGGCACGGCUAGAGCAUUUGGUGGAACUCAGACAGAGGCAAAGACAAACAGAGUGGUUGGGACAUAUGGCUACAUGGCACCAGAGUAUGCAGGAAAUGGUAUCUUUUCGAUAAAAUCAGACGUAUAUAGUUUUGGUGUUUUAGUGCUGGAAAUUGUGUCUGGGGUGAAGAACAGAGGAUUUGCCCACCAAGAACAUUGCAACAACCUUACUGGACAUGCAUGGGUACUCCAUAAUGAAGACAGAUCUUUGGAAUUAGUUGCUAGGUGCUUAGCUGAAUCAAUCAAUAUGUCUCAGGUUUUACGAUCAAUGCAUGUUGCUUUGUUGUGUGUUUAACGUCAUCCAGAAGAUAGACCGACCAUGGCUUCUGUGAUCGUGAUGUUGGAGAGUGAGGGUCAAUUGCCUUCACCCAAAGAACCAGGUUUUUACGUUGGAAAAGCUACACAACAUAUGACACGAUCUUCAAGCUCACAUGAAUUAUGUUCUAACAAUGAUCUUAGCAUUACAAUAUUAAAUGGUAGAUAAGCUAAAAGUGAUAUGUAUAUAUAUAUAAGAAAUUAUUCAAACAACAUCUGUAUUAACUUGCUCACUCCCACCAUUCCUUCAUCCAAUUUAAGUUCAAUUUCGCU